UGGGAUGUCCAUAUUUAUACAUUGUUGGUCAGUGGCAAGAACGUUCCUUCCAUUGGUAAUCAAUGGGAAGAAUGCUCCUUCCAUUGGUAAUCAAUGGGAAGAAUGCUCCUUCCAUUGGUAAUCCAUGGGAAGAAUGCUCAUUACAUUGCUGGUCAUUGGGAAGAAUGCUCCUUACAUUGGUGGUCAUUGGGAAGAAUGCUCCUUACAUUGGUGGUCAUUGGGAAGAAUGCUCCUUACAUUGCUGGUCAUUGGGAAGAAUGCUCCUUACAUUGCUGGUCAUUGGGAAAUAUGCUCCUUACAUUGUAGGUCAUUGGGAAGAAUGCCCCUUACAUUGGUGGUCAUUGGAAAGAAUGCCCCUUACAUUGGUGGUCAUUGGGAAGAAUGCCCCUUACAUUGGUGGUCAGUGAGACAAUUGCUCCUUCCAUUGGUAAUCAAUGGGAAGAAUGCUCUUAACAUUGAUGGUCAGUGGAAAGAAUUCCCCUUACAUUGGGGUGUCAGUGGGAGGAAUGCUCCUCACACUUGCGGUCAGGGGGAAGAAUGCUCCUUAUAUUGGUAAUAAGUGGGAAGAAUGCUCCUUAUAUUGGUAAUCAAUGGGAUGAACGCUCCUUAUUGAUACAUUGUUGGUCAGUGGCAAGAACGUUCCUUCCAUUGGUAAUCAAUGGGAA